AUGUGGACCGUGAAGUGGGGCAGGGCAUCAGCUGAAGUGGCCAAUGAUCCUAACACCAGUGAACAAGAAACAGAGUGUGAUGCAAAGGAAAACCUGAAGAAGAUAUGGGAGUCUCUUGGACUCGACCCUGAAGGUUAUCUGGACCAGCCCCAACUCAUGGGGGUGUGCCAGAAAAUUGGAAUGGACAUUUCUGAUGAUGAAAUAGAACAACUAUUCCAAGGCUUGGAUGUUGACCAGGAUGGACACAUAAGUUUCAUGGAAUUUGUGAAUCUCUUUGAGAGCAUGAGAGCAGCAUUAGACAGUUCAAGUCAGGAUGCACCUAUUGUCCAAAUGGUUGAUGAUGGGCAGAGUGGGACUGAGCACACUGUGUAUCCAUUUGAAUCAAAUCAGAAUGAAGCUGUAUCAUCUCUCCAUGAGUUGGCUCCAAGUGGAGUCUUUACUAUGCUUGACCCACAAGGAAGAGGGUGA